AACAGACAGUUGGGGCAUCUGCCCUCAACCAUCAUGGCAGAUUGGGGCUGUUAUCGAAGGUCAGACUCCCUCUGGCUCCUGAUUGGUUGGAAAACUCUCAGACCCCUCCUCCUCCUGCGCCAUGUGGCCUGUCGCCGCGCUGAUUGCUCCCUUCACCUGCCACUCAAAGCGGCGCCAGCCAAUCGGAGGCUUUUGUCCCUUUGACUCGCGCCUCUCUCGCUCGCCGGCUUCCAGAGCUUCAUCCAACAUGUCGGCCACCUCCGUGUUCCCCAUGUGUGUGCGGGCGAGCCGGGGCCUCCUGCGGCUCAGGAGCGGAGCGGCGGCCGCCUCCUCCCCGGCGGCGGCUCACCUCGCGCGGACACUGUCCUCGGACAAGCCGCCGUCCGGAGCGGGCGGCGCCGCGGGCGGCCUGGCCCAGGCGAUCCUCCAGGAGCGGCUCCAGCAGCAGAGUCAGGGUCAGCCUCCUCCUGAGGGAGCAGAGACCGAGAAGGAGGGAGAAAAGGCAGAGGACAAGAAGCAGAAGGAAAACACGGCCUACGCCAAGAAGAUGGUGCUUCGGUUGGCGGGACUAAUGGGACUGGGCGGAGCGGUCGGCAUCGUCUACAUAUUCGGUGUAAACCUGGACAGACGGGGCGUUUCUCUACAGACUGUCAUGCAGAUGACUGAGGUGUGGGAGAGGAAGGGAGCACACUUAUCUCACCUUCAGCGCGCCCCCUCUCCCCCACUGUCCCGCUGUAACAGGAAGAGUGAGGUGGCGGAGCGGCACACUCGACAGGUACCUGUCAGGUCGUCUUCGUCUGAGCUGUGA